CGCGCCAAAUCAUAGGUAGAGCCUCUCAAAGCCGCUUGGCAACUAGCAGGGCCUCAUCUGUCACCAUGCAAAUGUAAUUUUUCGCCGGUUCGGCCUAGCUAGCCAGCACGUUCCUGCGUGGCCUCAAAUUAAUCAACUUUUUUAUUGUAGUAUGUCACUGGAUGGGUUAGAAAACUUCUCCAUACCUGGUACCCCGGCUAGAUCUGUCACUGCUACUCCGGGAGACGAUCUAGCCAGUCCUGCGUCCAUCCGGUCCUGGACGGUUCCACGCAUCACGGCGGAGUUAAGGAAACGUCACGUUCCCUUCCCUGCCACGGCGAGAAAGGCGGAGCUGUUCCGGCUGCUGCGCGCAUCAUCCAAUCCUGGGGAUGCGGGGGAAGGGCCCAGCCAGUCCGGCACCGGGGACAUCCACGCCAUGCUGGCCUCUCUGAUGACAUCCAUGUCAACAGUCAAUGCCAGGCUGGAAAGGCUAGAGGCGGUCACCACGACCCUCUCCUUGACGGGUCCACCACCUGCAGCAUCACCAGCACCGGCCGGUUUACCGGUGAUCACUCCAUCCACUAGCAUGGAGGACCGGGAAGUCAACCCGGCGCAUAUGAUUCCUGAGCACUUGAAACGGGAUAUCCUGGAAGGUAAGGAUGUAAACCUGGCCUCCCUUCUGAUUGCCUCCCAGGACGUGGUCGAAAACACGACGUACGCCUAUGACGAGGUGUCAGUUGUAGUCAAGUCCAGGGAUGCCCGGCUCAAUAGGAAAUUGACCAUUUCCGAAUUCGUUUUGGCCUUCGGAAUCUACAGAGAGGUCAUCUGUGCGGUCCACCCCGACAGAAGGGAGGAACUCGACCUCUACUUGCACAAACUGGUGGACUUGGGCAACAAAUACGGAGGAUCAGCAUUUUAUGACUAUCACAGGUCUUUUUCGGCGAAAGUGGCGGGGGCUUUCUCCCAGUACGGAGUCCGCUCCAACUGGGCAAGAAUUGACACGGUCAUAUUUUGCCGCCACUUCGCAGGCCUUAGGACCCCAGCCUGUGCGCACUGCUCCUCCACGGCCCACACCACCAAUUUCUGCCCGAACACGUCGGUCAGACAGGGCCCCUCCCAGUCAGCUGGGCCCUCCGGGGUCCCGGAGAGACUGGCCCGGGACAAACUGGGCCGGCCGAUCAAAUUUCUAGGCAAAUCUAUGAUUUGCAACAAUUUCAAUGAGGGGUCCUGUAAUUAUAACGGAUGUAAAUUGUUACAUAUAUGCACCAAAUGCUUCCGGGCACAUGCCAAAUCCAUGUGUCCGAAUAAAAUGUUCACUAAACCGUAUCUAUCAACCAUCAACGUGCCAGUCUUUACCGCGCUCAUGUCGCAGCACCCCUCCAGGCAUCUCUCAGAUUUUCUCAUCUCAGGGUUGACAGAAGGAUUUCACACGGGCAUCCUGUACAUGCCAACAGGCACCCUGGAGUGUCCCAAUCUUUUGUCCGCUCUGCACAACCCCACCGCCAUUGACGCCCUCAUAGCCCAGGAGGUAACAGAGGGUUUUGUGCUAGGUCCUUUCAAAACUCCCCCGUUCGCCACAUGGCGCACCAACCCCAUUGGCAUUGUCACUGGGAAAUCUUCCCAGAAACAGAGGCUCAUCAUCGACCUAUCGGCGCCUCACGGGACGGGCAACCCCAGUCUCAACUCCCUCAUUCCCUCGGAGGAAUUCUCUCUACAGUACACCACCAUUGACCACGCCAUCACGGCCAUCAGACAAGCGGGGGUGGGGGCAUGGCUCAGCAAAACCGACAUCGCCAACGCCUUCAAACUACUGCCGAUUCACCCUACCCUGUGGCACCUGCACGGCAUCAAGUGGUCAGGGAAGUACUAUUUUUUCUCCCGAUUGACCUUCGGGUCCAAAAGCAGCCCGGCCAUCUUCGACGUGUUUGCGGAGGCGUUAUGCUGGUUGCUAUUGAACAUAGCGAGAUGCCCGCUGGUUUUGCAUUACCUUGAUGACUUCCUAUUGGUGGAAGAAAACACUUCCCCUCCUUCCAGCCUCAGAGCCACCAUCAAGCUGUUCAAUGAACUGGGGGUCCCCCUCUCCACCAAGAAGACAGAGGGGCCGGACACGAUCAUCACCUUCCUGGGUAUCCAGUUGGAUUCAGCUUUGAUGCAAGCCAGCUUACCGUCUGGGAAGAUCCAGGACAUUCUCACCCACAUAGACGGCUAUCUUCAACUCGGCACCUGCAACCGCAGAGAACUACAGUCCCUGCUGGGCUCCCUGAACUUUGCCAUGCGCAUCAUACCCCAGGGUCGCUCGUUUAUUUCACGGCUGCUGCACCUCUUCCCCUUGUUCCGACACGACUCACACAGAUUGUCCCUGGAUGCCCACGCUGCGGCGGAUCUAGGUAUGUGGGGGAGAUUUCUGUCCACCUGGAAUGGCAGGAGCUUGUUUCUCCCUCAGCUGUCGGACUCUUCCCCCUCCAUCUGGUCAGAUGCGGCAUCUACCACAGGCUUUGCGGCCAUAUUCGGGGACGACUGGCUGUGGGGCGGCUGGCCUCCUGAGGUCCAGGGUUUGGAAGGAUUCUCCACUACCUCAGCACUGUUUGAGAUCUACCCCAUCGUAGCAGCUGCCGUGGCGUGGGGUCAUUUAUGGGCAAAUCUGGCGGUCCGCUGCUACUCGGACAACCAAGCAACCUGCCAGAUCAUAAACAAGGGUCGUUCUAAAUCCCUCACAAUCAUGAGGUUCAUGCGAAGACUCACUUGGCUGGCCGCCUGCAAUAAUUUUUUCUUGCAUUGUUUCCAUGUCCCGGGGGUGUGCAAUUCGGCUGCUGACAAUUUGUCUCGCUUCAAAUUCCAGGCAUUUCAUCGGGAUCUCCCGUCAGCAUCACCCACUGCCUCCAGCACCCCGUCAUUUCAGCAACUCAUUCUGGACUAGAGGCCAUCAUGCGGCAUAGCCAGUCUUUGGCCCACCUUUCACUAUCAGUCAAUACACAUAGGACAUACAACAGAGCGUUCACGCUUUUCAACAGAUUCCUGGUAGAACACAACAUCACGCACCCUUUCAUCAUGUCGUCUGUUUUGGGAUUUGCUUCCUUUUGCCACCUCAAACUCAAAAUGUCAUACAACACCAUCAAACUAUAUCUCACUGGCAUCCAACAUCACAUGCUAAUCUUGCACCCUAACUACACCAGCUUCAUGGCCUCCCACCAAAUCAAAACAAUACUCAGAGGCAUUCAGAAGACGGAACCCGCGCGUCCAGCCCAAAGGCUGCCCAUCGACAGUCAUGUCUUCAAGGCGUUAUCCGACCUGCUGGACGCGACGCCUUUCGAUUCAAAUACCAACGCUGUCAUCAAAACCGCAAUUUACUUAGCCUUCUACGGGUUCCUGAGGCCCGGGGAAUUCACUACCACCUCCACGUCCCAAACCUCACCUUGUCUCCUCGUCUCCCACUUAUCCAAACACCUGGAUCACUACAUCCUGACCCUACCUCAGUCCAAAAGUAGUCAGCAUUCACCCGUCAACAUCUCAUAUUACCCCACGCACAACAAAUGGUGCCCGGUGAGGGUACUGGACACCUACAGUCAGCUUCACAGGUUCCUACCCUCUCAACCGCUACUCCAAGUGCAUGGAUCGGUGCUCACCACGACCACCUUCAUGAUCCAUGUCAGGUCUUUUCUCACCCAACUGGGCCUAAACGCUGGCAGCUACUCGGGGCACUCCUUUCGCAUUGGAGCGGCAUCCACGGCCUCCAGUGCCAACAUCCCUACCCAUGUUAUCAAGAAAUUGGGACGCUGGAAGUCGUCCGCAUAUGCGCGGUACAUUCCCAAUCCAGCGCAUGAGUUAAGAGUGGCUUUCCAAAGCUUGUCGGGUUGAGCUGUGUACAUGUUUUAUUGGUUACAAAUAAACUGGUUAUUUCCAUUUUUGCCCUCUUCUUUCUUAGGCCUACCUCAUCCUCGGUUUCGGCACACCACAACCGACUGCAUUUCUUUCCCUGCAUUCCAGGGCUCUUCUCUGUACUACCGGGUUCCCGUUCCUUCAGUCCGCCACAGGAGUUCCAUGGAGGAUUUGGAGGUGGUGGAGGGAGAGCAGGCGGGACCCUCCCAGAAUGUGGAUGCCCCUCCCCCACCGGAUGUUGGCGAAGUGGUGGAGGUGGCGGCGGAAGAGGCCGGACCCUCCCAUCAGCCGUAUUCCCGCCCCAGCUCAUGAUGAGGAGGAUGUCACCGGCCCCCAACAGGAGGACACUACUCUCCCUCGUAUAAUGGAGCUGAUUGGUCUCUUCUCUGAUCCAUCCGGUUUGGAGAUCAACUGGGAUAAGACCGUCCUCCUUCCUAUAGACGAGUUGCGUGGCGAAUGGGAUAAUCAGUUGACGAUCUCCGAGUCAAUAAAAUACCUGGGGAUAACAGUUUCUGCCAAACCGCAUGAAUAUCUACAAUUAAAUCUGAUUCCGCUGUUGAUGAAGGACAGAGAGCCCGGUCUUCUCUACUUUCAGAGUACUCAGUAAAUUUAAAACACUCCUGAACAAGAUACAGCAGGAGAAGAAAAAAAACAUGCAGAAGAUCGAGGAGCAGCAGUGGCAGCUGGCAAAUAAGGUGAAGGAGAUCCAUGAGCAGCAGCGGAAGCUUGCAUUUAAGGUGCAGCAGUUUGAUGCGCUGCAACUAAAUCAGAUGCAGGAGUUGUGUGACCUGCACAAGCUACUUAAAAAGUUGCCAUAGAGCAAUGUUUGGAUCCAACUAUUGAAUAAAAAG